AUGACAUGCUCAAAAAUAUUUUCAGGAGAUUUACCUGAAUUAACAGAGGAAAUUAUACAGUAUUUUAGAAAAGAUUUUUCAACAUUAUAUUCAUGCAUUUUAAUUAAUAGAUUAUGGUGUCGUUUAGCCAUUCCAUUAUUAUGGGAAGAUCCAUUUUCAAAGAAAUAUCCCGAAAAUCACCACUUUAUUGAAAUUUACUUAAGUAAAUUAAAUGAAGAUGUGAAAACAAAAUUAUAUUUAUAUGGAGUUAAUAAUGAUUUAGUAUCUUCUAAUACAUUAUUCAAUUAUCCUAGUUUUAUAAAAUACUUAGAUAUAGAUAAAAUUUUAAAUUCUAUUCAAACGUGGGUUGAUACUUUAGUAGGUAAAAACCAAGAGAAGCUAGUAAAUUUAAUUUAUAGGUCAUUACUUGAAAUGUUUAUUGAAAAUGAAGGAAAUUUACAUUCUUUUGAAGUUGUACUGUCUACGCGUUAUAAUUAUUUUAAUAAUAGUAUAGACUUGAUUUUACAAAAUCCAAAUUUUGCAUAUAAUAUCAGAAAUUUAGAACUCCGUAUUAUUAAUUCUAUUUUUUUAUGUUAA